AUGGCUGCGCUGCCCGCUCUCCGGCUGCUGCUGUGCUGCUUGCUGUGGGCGAGGAGCGGGGCCAGCUUUCCCGCGGAGCCGCCGGAGGGCUCGGCCCCUUUGCCGGAGUCCCCUUUGCAGAAGCCCACCGUCUUCAUCGCCAUCCUCGCCAGGAACGCUGCCCACGCGCUGCCCCACUGCCUCGGCUGCCUCGAGCGGCUGCGCUACCCCAAGAGCCGGCUGGCCAUCUGGGCAGCCACUGACCAUAACGUUGAUAACACCACAGAGAUCCUCAGAGAGUGGCUGAAGAAUGUGCAAAAACUGUAUCAUUAUGUGGAGUGGAGGCCUAUGGAGGAGCCUCAGUCUUACCCCGAUGAAAUUGGGCCAAAACACUGGCCGAGCUCCAGGUUUACCCAUGUGAUGAAACUCAGGCAGGCAGCUCUGCGAACUGCAAGAGAAAAGUGGUCAGACUACAUCAUGUUUGUAGACGCAGAUAACUUGCUUACCAAUCCAGAGACCCUGAACCUGAUGAUAGCAGAGAACAAGACCGUGGUGGCACCAAUGCUGGAGUCUCGCUCUCUCUAUUCUAAUUUCUGGUGUGGUAUCACCCCUCAGGGCUAUUACAGAAAGACACCGGAUUAUGCCCCGAUCAGGGAAUGGAAGAGGUUGGGCUGUUUUGCUGUCCCGAUGGUUCACUCCACAUUCCUCAUUGACCUGAGGAAAGAGGCCUCAGACAAGCUGAUGUUUUACCCCCCACACCAGGACUACACCUGGACCUUUGAUGACAUCAUUGUCUUUGCCUUCUCAAGCCGCCAGGCAGACAUUCAAAUGUACAUCUGCAACAGAGAACGCUAUGGCUUCCUCCCGGUGCCACUGAAAUUGCACCAGACACUACAGGAAGACGUGGAGAACUUCAUUCACGUGACAAUCGAGGCAAUGAUUGAUCAUCCUCCAUUCGAGCCCUCGCAAUACAUCUCCAUUCCCCCCAAACACCCAGACAAGAUGGGAUUUGAUGAGAUUUUCAUGAUCAACCUGAAGCGUCGAAAAGACAGGCGGGAUCUAAUGCUGCGGACACUCUAUGAGCAGGAGAUUGCAGUCAAGAUAGUAGAAGCUGUGGAUGGCAAGGCAUUGAAUACAAGUCAGCUGAAAGCGCUGAAUAUUGAUAUGCUACCUGGUUACCAGGAUCCUUACUCUUCCAGGCCACUAACCAGGGGGGAAAUUGGCUGCUUUCUUAGCCACUAUUCUAUCUGGAAAGAGGUGGUGAACAGAGAGCUGGAGAAGACUCUCGUUAUCGAAGACGAUGUGCGCUUUGAGCAUCAGUUUAAGAGGAAGCUCAUGAAACUGAUGGACGAUAUAGAGCAAGUCCAGCUAGACUGGGAGCUCAUCUACAUUGGUCGGAAAAGGAUGCAGGUGCAGCGCCCUGAGAAGGCAGUUCCUAACGUAAUGAACCUUGUGGAAGCAGAUUACUCUUAUUGGACCCUGGGGUAUGCAAUCUCCUUUGAAGGGGCUCAGAAACUAAUUGGGGCCGAACCUUUUAGCAAGAUGCUGCCUGUGGAUGAAUUCCUGCCGAUCAUGUACAACAAGCACCCUGUAGAGAAGUACAAGGAGUACUAUGAGUCCAGAGACUUGAAAGCCUUCUCAGCAGAGCCCUUGCUUAUUUAUCCGACCCAUUACACAGGGCAGCCGGGUUAUCUUAGUGACACAGAGACAUCCACAAUCUGGGACAAUGAGACCAUGUCGACUGACUGGGACAGAGCCCAUUCCUGGAAGUCCCGGCAACAGGGCCAGAUCCACAGCGAUGCCCAGAACAAAGAUGCCUUGGCCCCCCAGCCAUCUCUCGAUGCAUCGUCGUCGAGGGACGAGCUAUGA